AUGUUCAAGAAAUUUAGUAAAGAUGAUAUUCAUUCCCGUUCAAAUAUCAAGUCAUCAGUUCAACGAGGCUUGAAAACAAAUUUUGUCAAUGCAUACCCAGAUUUAGAAAAUGCCAUUGAUAAUAUCAUCCCCAAGAAAUCUCAAGUUAUAUUAAUAAAAUGUGAAGAUAAGAUUCAAUUGUACUCAGUUGACAAUACAAAUAACCCUGCAAAAGAUGGAGGCAAUGGAUCUGACUCUGAUGACGAUAAUAAUGAAAUUGUCUUGAUUCAACAUUUUACUGACCUUAUACCCACAUUGAAAACUGUGCAUAAAUACCCUGAGCUAUUUCCUAGGGUCCAAGUAGAUCGCGGAGCUAUCAAGUUUGUCAUGAGUGGUGCUAACAUCAUGUGUCCUGGAUUGACUUCAAAGGGCGGGAAAUUACCUGAAGAGGAUUUACCAGUCGAUACUAUAGUCACUGUUUAUGCUGAAGGAAAGGAGAAUGCUUUGGCUAUUGGUAAAUUAGCCAUGAGUGUUGAUGAUAUCAAGAAAAAGAAUAAAGGGAUUGGUAUUGAGUUGUUGCAUUAUUUGGGUGAUGGCUUAUGGAAUCAUAAAGAGUAA